GGGAGACAGCAACCCAAGCCUCCGGACAGGUGCUGAGGGCGGGACUUGAACGGACUGCAUCAUCAUUAUUGUAAAAUAAGUUUGGGUUUUCUAGUUGCUGCUGCAGAGUUUUUUCCAGCAUUCCACUGUGGAUUUGGAUGAUAUUCCUCUAAAUAAGCGGUCACCAUGAUGUCCGACGAGUACCUGGUGGAGUGCAAGAUUGAUGACGAUGAUGACGAGGAGGACGAGAAACUGCACCAAACGCCGCCCCCGCCGCCACAGUUCUCCACGCCGGCGACUCCACAGCCCUUGGUGUCGCAGCCAGAGUCGCGGGACCCAUACGGCAUUAACCAGCACUUGAAGGUGGAGUUCAGCGACGUGCUGGCGGAGCCGGCCUCUCCCCACAGCUGCGACCGCGUCUGGAUUUACAGUGGCAUCGGCUUUGAGUCGGCGCGCAUCUGGAGCUACCGCUGCCUCACGCUGCUGUGCGCUGUGCCCGUCUCACUGCUCACCGGCUGCCUCUUCGCCUUCCUCGCCUGCCUGCACAUCUGGUGCGUGAUGCCGUGUGUGCAGGUCUUCCAUUCCUGCCUCCCCUGUGUCCGCUCCCUGUGGCUCAGUGUGGUUAACAUCUUCAUCGCCCCCCUCUGCUCGUCUGUUGCCCGCUGCUGCAGCGGCCUCUACGUCAAGCUCUCCAAAGAAUGAGGGACGGGGGUUGUGAGGGGAGGGUGCGCUGUCUCCCUCCCUCUGGGAGAACACCACUGCAGCGGGCCUGGCUGAGGGCCUUCCCAUGGAGGAAACUGCUUUUCCAAGAGAAGAGCUACGGAACAAAUACCUAUGCAAAACAUUUACACAUUCUCUCUCUUUACAAAGAUUCAGGAGCAUCUGUCUGGCCAUCUAAAGGGCCUGGGAAUGAAACAGAGAUAGAGGCUUGUGAACAUAGCACUGUCUGUCCCCAGGGGGGAGAGUAGCAUAGAUGAUGUGUGAUUGGGUGAUGAUUGAUGUACUUAUGUAGGGGGUUAUAAGGGGACAUCUGCUGCAUGUGUUAACAUUUUCACCAGUUUCAAUAAAAUUUACCGU